AGGAGGGAGAGAGAUGGAGGGAGAAAGCAGAAGAGGGAGAGAGAUGGAGGGAGAAAGCAGAGGAGAGGGAGAGAGAAAAUGCGAGACUGAGUCAGAGGCUCACUGAAAAAGAGAAGAAUAACAGUGAACAACUAAAGGCUGUGAAAAGAGAGAGUGACAAGAUAGCAGAACAACUGAAAAAGGAGGAGGUAGAUGGAAGGAAGAGAUCAGAGGAGAUAGAGGAGCUGAACACUAGAAUGAUCUCACUGGAGGAAGAAAGAGACAAUCUGGAGGCAGAACUGAAGAAAACUGAACUAUUGGAGAACAAAAUGUUUGCUGCGGAGAGAGAGAACUCACAGCUCAGAGAGAGGGAGAGAGAAAGAUACCAGGAGGAGAGUCUGAGAAAGAGGAGGAAGGAGUCGGAGGGAAGGGAGCGAGAGGAGAGACUGAGAAGAAAGCUGGAGCUGAGAGAAGGAGAGGUUGAGGUCUUGAGAGUGAAGUUGAUUGUCUUAGAAGAAGAGAGGGAUGAGGGGAAGAGAGAGCAGCAGACACUAGAGGGGAAGAUGGAGAGACAGAUGGCUCAGCUGAGGGAAAGAGAAGAGGAGGUAGAGAAACUGAGGGAGGAGGAAGAGAAGGCCGGGGCUAGGCUACAGCAGAGCGAGGAAGAGUUGAGAAAUCUGAAAGACAGAAUGCACCAGUCAGAGCUCUCAGAGAAACACGUCUCAGACCUUCUGAUAGAGACGGAGUCUUUACUAGAGACCGAGAGGAGUCAGAGCAGAGACAGGGAUAAAGCACUACACCUGGCCAAGGAGGAGAGGGAGAGAGAACGGGCACAGGAAACAGAGCAGCACAACGUGAGACUGGAAGAGGAGGUGAAGAAAUGGAAAGAAAGAGUGGAGGAACGGAUAAAAGAAGUAGCAAGGCUCUCACAGCUCCUGAAGGAGAGAGAGGAGGAGGACUUUAGGGUGAGAGCGGUAGAGAGCAGUGGAGAAAGACAGAGAAAGAAGGGGGAACUGAAAAGGAGUGAGGAGGAGAGGGAGAGACAGGAGGAUGUUUUGAGGAGGAACAAGGAGGAGAGGGAAUGGUUGGGUGCCCAGCUGAAAGAGGAGCAGACGGAGGGAGAGAGACUGAGGUCCAGACUAGAGGAGGUGCAGAGAGGACAACCCCUCCUGCAGGAGGAUAGAGGAUGUCGCGUAGAGAGGCUGGGGGCUCAGGUUAAAGCCCUGGAGGAGGAGAGAGACCACCUCUUAGCUGAGAUCAGGAAGAAGGAGAGAGAGGCUGGGAUCCUGAAGGAUGAGACUCACAGAGAGAGGAGAGAGAAGGAGAGGACUGGCUCCUCACUGAGAAGGAUGGAGGAGGAGUUGAAGGAGAGCAGGGAGGCGCUGGCCCUCCAUCUGGCCACCCUGAAGGAGCAGGGAGCAGAGAUGACCAGGAGCAGGGAGAGAAGCAGGAAGGAGGUGCAGGAGAAGGAGGGGGACAACCAGAAGAUGAGAGAGGGGCUGAGGACAGCCAUGCAGGAGAUGGCUACCCUGAACCAGCUGCUGGAGGAGAGCCACAGGGAGGGGGAGAGGCUAAGGAGCCUCCUGCAGGAGAGGAAAGAGGAGAUGGUGAAGAGCAGGGAGGAGAGCCUGCGUGCUGCCCGGGGGGAGGUGGAGGAGCUGCGAGGGAGGACCAGGGCUGUGGAGCAAGAGAAAAGGGAGGUGGAGAGAAAGCUCAGAGACAGAGAGGAGGAGAUGGAGGAGGCAGUGAGAGAGAAGGACAGGAGACAGAAGGUGAUGGAGGAGGUGUUGGUAGAGAAGGAGGCUGAGCUGACCACCACCAGGGCUAGACUGGAUGUCCUGGAGGAACAGAGGACAGAGCUCAGAUGUCUGGCUGCUGAGAAGGCAGUUACACAGCUCAGAGAGAGAAUCAGAGUGGUGGAGGGAGAGAUGGAGGGAGUGAGAGAAGAGAAGAAGAGCGAGAUCGAGAGGCUUCAGCGGAAGAUGGAGACGUUGAGACAGGAAGAGGAGGAGAGGAGGGAGAGUCUGAAACUAAGGGAGCAGGAGAGUCUGAGGCGUGUAGAGUUAGUCACGGACAUGCUGAGAGAGAGGGAGACGGAGCUGGAGAGGGUGAGAGAGAAAGCUUACAGAGAGGAGAAAGAUAAACUGGAGGAGAGGAAGAGAGACACAGAGGAAGUGAAACUGCAGAGUCUGGAGAAAGAAGAGACAGAUGAACAGAGACUGAGAGAGCCUGGGGAACAAAGGGAGACAGACCAGAAGAGAGGAGAAAGAAGUCGGGAGGGUCCAGGAAGAGAGGUCUGGCUUCAGGACGAGGUAGAUACUCUGAGGAAGAGAGUGUCCUCCCAGCUCCUGGACACAGAGGAAAGGGAGAGACUGUUGAGACAGAGAGAAGAGGAGGGCCAGGAGAGUCUUAGACUGUUGAGACAGAGAGAGACAGAGCUUUACACCCUGAGAGAGAGAGUAGAGGAACUCGGUAAGGACAGAGACCGUGUCACAGCUGCCCUGGAGAAGACUGAGGCUACCAUGAUUGGCUACCGGGACAGAGCCCACCAACAGGAGCAAAGCAGAGGGGCGGGAUCUGAGAGGGCCGUGGCCCAGCUAGAGAUGGACCCUGUGGUCCAGGAACGUCUGUCUGUCCUGCAGAGGGAUGUGGCCCAGCUGGAGAUGGACCCUGAUGUAAAAGACUGUCUGUCUGUCCUGCAGAGGGCCGUGGCCCAGCUAGAGAUAGACCCCCUGGUCCAGGAACGCCUGUCUGUCCUGCAGAGGGCCGUGGCCCAGCUAGAGAUAGACCAUAGACGGCUACAGAGGAGGAACACACAACUGGAACAACGCACUGACAGACUGAAGACUGAGAGGAAACACCUCAGAGAGAUGCUGACACAGACGGAGAGAGGAUCAUCACGUGAUGAGUUGUCCUCCAGCGGCCUCAGAGACAGAGCUCAGGAGUCCAGGGGCUUGGUUGGUCUGGAAACAGAGGAGUUGGGACUCCUUAGGACCAAGGUGAAGGAGCUAGAGGACCAGGUACACUACCUACAGCUGACACUCGUCCUCGACCACCGGGAGAGGGUGGAGUUUAUCCAACACUCCUCCAGGAACAACCAAUGGCUGGUGUCUCUUCGCCAAGACUUGACUGAUUCUCUGGUGUUGGUCUCGCAGCAACCAAUCCCCUCUGUGCUAGAGUCAGAGACACACCGAUUGGAUAUGAGUGUCAGGGAGGAGGAGAUGAGAUUGUCUCUCAGUCAGAGUUGAAGAUGAAGCACAGUAUGUUUGCCUCCGAAAUGGCACCCUAUUGUCUUCCAGGGCUCUGGUCAAAAGUAGUGCACUAUAUCUGGAAUAGGGUGUAUUUUGGGUCUAAAGUAGUGCACUAUAUCUGGAAUAGGGUGCCUUUUGGGUCUAAA